AUGGGAACCACCCUAUUGUUGUGUACAGCAUUUGACCUCCCCAAGGAGGCGUGUUGUAUGUCUUCAUCCUCGUUCAACCCGCUUUCUGCUAUCUUGAACCAAAAUAAAUUGAAUGGUCAGAACUAUGUUGACUGGAAGACAAACUUAAACAUUGUCCUUACUACUGAGGGGUACAAGAGUGUCUUAACCAAUCCUAAACCAUCAGAACCUACUCCGGACUCCUCUCAGGAGGAUAAGGAUAAGUUUGAAAAAAGGGUCAAGGCCAACGACAUGGCCAAGUGUUACAUUCUAGCAUCUAUGUCAAAUGUACUGCAGCACCAACAUCAGUAUUACACUGUUGCUAGUGACAUUCUGUUUAACCUUAAGGAAAUGUUCGGAUCGCAAGGUCGCCUAGCAAGGUAG